CGGGGUCCUGAGGGUGUCAUUGGCGAAUGACCGGAGCCGCCGGAACUUCUGCCUGAGCCGCCUUUGCCGUGAUCAUGACUUCGGGCUGUGCGGGCCUCGCCGCCGCCGCCCGCCUCCUGGCGCGCCCCUUCCUCCUGCAGCAGAGCGGAGUCCGGCAUUGCGCCUACAAGGCCUCGAGGCAAAACCUCUACAUCGAUAAAAACACAAAGGUUAUUUGCCAAGGUUUCACUGGCAAGCAGGGCACUUUUCACAGCCAGCAGGCAUUGGAAUAUGGCACGAAGCUGGUUGGAGGAACAACGCCAGGGAAAGGAGGCAAGACACAUUUGGGCUUGCCUGUCUUUAAUACUGUGAAGGAGGCUAAAGAACAGACGGGAGCCACGGCUUCUGUGAUCUACGUGCCUCCUCCCUUUGCUGCUGCUGCAGUGAAAGAAGCCGUGGAAGCCGAGAUGCCGCUGGUCGUGUGCAUCACAGAAGGGAUCCCACAGCAGGACAUGGUGCGUGUUAAGCACGCCCUGCUCCGGCAGGGGAAGACGAGGCUGGUGGGCCCCAACUGCCCUGGAGUCAUCAACCCCGGGGAAUGCAAAAUCGGCAUCAUGCCUGGCCACAUUCACAAGAAAGGAAGAAUUGGUAUCGUAUCUAGAUCCGGCACCCUCACCUAUGAAGCAGUUCAUCAAACAACCCAAGUUGGCCUGGGCCAGUCCUUGUGUAUUGGGAUUGGAGGUGAUCCCUUUAAUGGAACAGAUUUUAUCGACUGCCUUGAAGUCUUCCUGAAAGACCCGGCCACAGAAGGCAUCAUCCUGAUUGGGGAGAUCGGUGGCAAUGCUGAAGAAAGUGCAGCGGCCUUCUUGAAACAACACAAUUCAGGUCCCAAAGCCAAACCUGUGGUGUCCUUCAUUGCUGGCUUGACUGCUCCUCCGGGCAGGAGAAUGGGCCACGCCGGGGCCAUCAUCGCCGGAGGGAAAGGCGGCGCGAAGGAGAAAAUCGCUGCUCUUCAGAAUGCGGGAGUGGUCGUCAGUAUGUCCCCUGCCCAGCUGGGCAGCACCAUAUACAAAGAGUUUGAGAAGAGGAAGUUGUUAUGAAACGUGGGAAAAAAGCCUUGGAAUGAAUCACUGUAGAAACGUGAACCAGCAGCUGCCGGCCUCCGCGUAGCUGGUGUCCGCUAAGUGUCCGCUCCUGUCCGCGCCCGCCCAACGCCGGCCUUCCGUCCAGCCGGAAGCGAUACGUGUGCUUGGGACGUCCUACCUUCAGAUGUAUUUACCUGAUUGUACAUCAUAGACAAAUAAUAAAUCUUUUAUUUGAUUUGA